AAGACCACAAAUACACUCGUGCAACACGAGUCUUACAUCAUGUUUUAGUUUUUAAUCCAAACACAAAUCACACAUAUAAAACACACUUUAUUCACUUUAAUCAUCCAUAAUCCAUUUCCUCAAAAACCAAAACUCAUCAAUAACUCACCCUUCACCCAAAUUCUCCGAUCACCGGAGCUCCGAUCUCAACUCCGACAAUGACAACAACGAUCCCGUCCCCCCUAAAGGCCAUAACCCUAACCCACAUCCGCUACGAACGCGGCGACAAACUAGGCCAUUUCCUCGCCUGGAUAUCCCUCGUCCCCGUCUUCAUCAGCUUCGGCGGUUUCAUCUCCCACUUCAUCUUCCGCCGCGAGCUUCAAGGCAUCUUCUUCUUCCUCGGCCUAAUCGUUUCACAGUUCAUCAACGAGUUCAUCAAAACCACCGUCCAGCAAGCUCGCCCCGAGACCUGCGUGCUUCUCGAAUCGUGCGAUUCGCACGGCUGGCCGUCGAGUCAUUGCCAGUACAUGUUCUUCUUUGCGACUUAUUUGACUCUGUUGGGGUGUAAAGGAGUUGGGUUCUCGAAGAAUGUUGGGCUUAAUUUACUUACUUGGGGUCUGGCUUUUUUGACUAUGUAUUCUAGGGUUUAUUUGGGGUAUCAUACUGUUGCUCAGGUUUUUGCUGGGACUGGAUUGGGGGUUUUGCUUGGGGCGGUUUGGUUUUGGGUUGUGAAUAAGCUUUUGUACCCGUUUUAUCCUGUUAUUGAAGAAAGUGCUUUUGGGAGGUGGUUUUAUGUUAAGGAUACUUCGCAUAUUCCUAAUGUGUUGAAGUUUGAGUAUGAUCAAGCUAGAGCUUUUAGAAAAAGGAUCAUCUCCGAAUCUGAAUCUGAAUCUGGAUCCAAGUCUGAUUAAUUAAUGGCUUGUCAUCACAUCUAUGACACUAUGAUAGGUUGUUCAUCAGACUGAAACGCCUAACAUAGAGAGUAGGGUAUACAUGUUUCUGGGUUUGGAGUUCUGCUAGUGGUAUGUAAUUGUUUCUUAGAUUAGGAUAGUGUUCAAUUGGAGAAAAGGGGGUAGGGGUAAAUCUAGGCUGAUGAUAGUAGUUAGUUACUAGCUAUUCUUACUUCAAUGUUAAAUUGUUCCUUUCUAUGUACCCACUCUGAAGACCACAUGCAAUUCUUGAGCUUAAAUAACAUGUGCAGUGUACGUACAUUCUUGUGCUAAUAAAGAUACCCGAUUUAUUUUCA